GAUUUCUAUUUAAUCUGUUUUAUAUAAUAAUAUUUGUGUUUUAGGGCACAAGAAUUGACUAAUUAAAGCAGUGCUGGUUGUGCAAAAUAUAUAAACGUCCUUUAUCGCAUUCUAAAUAAACAAUAAAAAUGGGUAAACAAAAUAGCAAACUAAAACCAGAGGUCUUAGAAGAUCUGAAGCAGAAUACAGAAUUUUCAGAUGCAGAAAUACAAGAAUGGUAUAAGGGUUUUCUAAAAGAUUGUCCCAGCGGGCAUCUAUCCGUAGAAGAAUUCAAGAAAAUAUAUGGGAAUUUCUUUCCAUAUGGAGACGCUAGUAAGUUUGCAGAGCACGUGUUCCGAACGUUCGACGCAAAUGGGGACGGUACGAUAGACUUCCGAGAGUUCCUGUGUGCGCUGAGCGUGACGUCACGCGGCAAGCUCGAACAGAAGCUCAAGUGGGCCUUCUCCAUGUACGACCUGGAUGGCAACGGAUACAUCUCCAGACAGGAAAUGCUCGAGAUUGUCACUGCAAUCUACAAAAUGGUUGGGUCGGUCAUGAAGAUGCCCGAGGACGAGUCUACACCAGAGAAGAGGACCGACAAAAUAUUCCGACAAAUGGAUCGGAACAAAGACGGAAAACUCUCCCUAGAGGAGUUCAUAGAGGGCGCUAAAAGUGACCCGUCCAUCGUACGGCUGCUCCAGUGCGACCCGCAAUCGCAGUGAUACCUCAAAUAUUAACCUCGCGAAGGCGAGACACUUCAUACUACACACGCAAACACCCAUAUACACAUAAUAAAUUGUAAUAUAUCACCCUUAUUGCCAUGCUUGUAAGAGCUAGUGCGCGGCGUUUGAAAUCUAUCGAUGUUCUAUCCUGUUGACUGGCUGUCGAAGUAACCCGAAAGGCCGCAAGGUAUUUUUAAGGGUUAAAAAAAUUUUGCUUACAUAUAAUUUAUGUGGAGCGACUUUCGAUUUGGAAAUUAGCAGCCAGUCUACAGGAUGUAGCCACGUGUAUUCCAAUAACUAUGCUGUCUCAUAUUAAUCCCCCGUUUGUUAGCUAAGUUUGGAAAUUUUUGUCCGCGGCAGACUUGAAGUAAUACUUUAGCAGGAGCACCUGCAUUCUUUACCAUCAGGUAAAUAAAAUAUCCAUGUUUUCCAUCAUCUAAGUAUAAACAUCACAUGGCUGUAUUAAGGGAUUUUUGAAGUCACUUGUUCGAAUAGGUCUGACUAGGUAUAGUUGAAUUCAAGAUAUCUCGUAAUGCAAUCAUCGUAUAUUUGAAAUUAUUGUGGUGUCUAACUAUAUUAUACUUAGUGUACAUUAUAAGC